AUGAACAUAGUAAUCAGUUAAUUGUGUUGAGAUUAUCAACCACAGAAAGAAACAUGAAAGUGGUUAUCGUUCUCGUCGCUUUGGUCGCCGCCGUAGUAGCCGCCCCACAAGGUCCUGCAACCGAACCAAUUCCAAUUCUUAGGCAAGAACAAGAAGUGAAUUUCGACGGUUCCUACAAAUACAGCUACGAGACUGGAAACAGCAUCACCGCUGAAGAACAAGGAUUCCUGAAGAAUGCUGGUCAGCCGGAGCAGGAAGCCCAAGUUGCCCAAGGACAGUUCACUUACACGUCUCCUGAAGGCCAAGUGAUCCAAUUGUCCUACAUCGCCGAUGAGAACGGUUUCCAGCCUCAAGGUGAACAUUUGCCUACUCCUCCACCUAUUCCUGCGGCUAUUCAGAAGGCGCUUGAAUAUUUGGCCACUCUGCCUUCCACCCCGGAGCCCACUAGGAGAUAGGAUUUUCAGUUGUUUGUUAUUUGAUCGCAGUGCAUGAUGUUCGGGUAUCUUCGUUGUUCGACUUUGUCAUACCUAUCUUUGCCAUUUUUUAUACGUGAAUGUAUGAAAUGUAUUAAGUAUUACUGAUUGUAUUUAACGUCUUUUUUAUGAACGCACAAGGAAAGAAUGCCGUUGUUAAUGCAGCUCUUGUGCCAAAAAUCCAAUAAAAAUAUGUGUUGGAACAAA